AUGUUGUGUCCAGCCGUGUCCUGCGGACAUGACUGCUCUGAUGUAGCAGUGAAGUAUGGUCAGCGACACCUCCUGCUGCAACUACUCCACCUCGAGGGCUUCAUUUGUCAGAUGCGCAGAAGUUGUCUCAAUUUUGUGGAAGAAAUUAGCAGUGUAGGGAAGGAUAAACAUGGAGCUGAUGAUGAUGUCAAUGAGGAGAAUGAUGACGACGAUGUCAAUGAGGGGAAUGAUGACGAUGAUGUCAAUGAGGAGAAUGAUGACGGUGAUGUCAAUGAGGAGAAUGAUGACGGUGAUGUCAAUGAGGAGAAUGAUGACGGUGAUGUCAAUGAGGGGAAUGAUGACGAUGAUGUCAAUGAGGAGAAUGAUGACGGUGUCAAUGAGGAGAAUGAUGACGACGAUGUCAAUGAGGAGAAUGGCGAUGACGAUGUCAAUGAGGAGAAUGAUGACGGUGAUGAGAAUGAUGACGGUGAUGUCAAUGAGGGGAAUGAUGACGGUGAUGUCAAUGAGGAGGAUGAUGACAAUGUCAAUGAGGAGAAUGAUGGCGAUGUCAAUGAGGAGAAUGGCGAUGACGAUGUCAAUGAGGAGGAUGAUGACGGUGGUGUCAAUGAGGGGGAUGAUGACGGUGAUGUCAAUGAGGAGAAUGAUGACGGUGAUGUCAAUGAGGGGAAUGAUGACGGCGAUGUCAAGGAGAAGGAUGAUGAUGGUGAUGUCAAUGAGGGGAAUGAUGACGGUGAUGUCAAUGAGAAGCAUGAUGACCGUGAUGUCAAUGAGGGGAAUGAUGACGGUGAUGUCAAUGAGAAGAAUGAUGACAAUGAUGUCAAUGAGGAGAAUGACAAUGAUGAUAAUCAGUUUUACUUAAGACGUAGUAUGUCUAAGACUAAAUUAUCCAAAAUUUGUCCUAUUUUUAAAGACAAGACAAUGUGA